AGUACUGUUCUUUUCAGUUCAACCAAAAAAACUUCUUCAACCCAGUGUACUCAAUGAUAAGUAUCUCCUCACAUCUUUUAUUUUGUAACUUUUUUAUUUGUAGAUGAUGUCAUUCAACUAUUUAUGCAUGUGGUAUAUUAUUGAUGAAAACUUUUGGUCAAAGGUUGAAUCAAACUCAAGAAAACAGUUGAAUUUGGUAGUUUUUAUACUGGAUAUUUUUAGUUAUGUUGACUAACUUUAACUAGUUAUAUACUAUUGGAAUUUUAAAACAAUUCAUAUAUUUUGAAUACUUCUGUUAAUUUUCAAUAGUUUUUUUAUAUCUAAGUGAUUUCAGACAUUUGACAUAAUCCGAUCCUGACCAAUCUCAGAGAAUUGAAUCAAACUGAACCCAACCCAACUUGAAAAAAAAAGCAUAUGAGAAUAAGACAUGAAGAGUUUGAUAAUUUCAUAUCAAUUUUUUUUAACUCGAUACUUUUGAAUAUUUUAAGAUAAUCUGGAUGUUUAUUUGGAUCUGAACAGUUUAGAUACUUUUGAAUACUUUCAAAUAGUUUGGAUAUUUUAAGUGAUCUCAAGUAUUAUAUAAAAUCUGAUCAAAACCUAAACUAUAUAAAAUAGAAACACACGAAAACUGAAAAUACAUAAAUAGUUGAACUUUUAAACAUAGAACUUAAAAUCCGAAAAUUUGGAAAACCCUAUCUGAAUCACUAGGAGCUCAGUUGACGUGUGUAAAUAUAGUUGCAGGGACGUGUAGGGUUUGUAUUUUUUCAAAAAUUUCGAAAUUGUACCUCUUUUGGGACUAGAAAAUUCUGCAGUAUUUUUGAUUAAAUAUUUAAACCCAGAGUCGGCUAGCUCUUGGAACGUGAGGGAGGAGCAAAAAAUUAGGUCCAUCUUUUUUUCCAUUUUUAUUCUAUAAUAAAGGUCCUUUUGUAGCAAAGGAUCUAUACAUAUGCAUAAAUUAGUCAACCAUAUAUAUUAUGUCAAGGUCCAUCAAAAUUUUGAGCCGGGCCUGUGUAAACCGUGAUUACAUUAUUUGCGUAGACAUUUAAUUAGUUACUUGUUUAUAUGAUAUGCAUAUGAUAAUGCUAAAUCUCACAAGGAUAACAACAUGAUUAGGAUUCCAAAAAAUAAGGGAAAAAGGAAAACAAAACUCCACCCUGGUAUAGGAAGUCUGAUAUAAAAUUCCAAAUACUUUUAUUUAUAACUGAAAAUUUAUUUUUCGAUAUUUCUUUUGGUAGUAACAAGCAAAAACUUAGCCAGAGGAUGGAUGAUAUUGAUAUAGCUAUCCUUGAGCUCACCAUCUUCAUGUUCAUGAUCAUAUGUUGUUGCUGUUGCUGUCGUACUGGUCCCGUUGAGUUACCUCCCCAGUUAAUCGACAAAACUCCACAGACUCAACAAGACAUUGAAACCGGACAGAUAAAGGGCAUACUGUUCAAAGAUAUCAAAGAGAAAGAAGAAGAAGAAGGGUGUGGUAAACGUUGUUGUCCAAUUUGUUUGGAAGAGUACGAGGAUGAUCAUGAGAUUAGGCGUUUGGAGAAGUGUAGACAUGUGUUUCAUCGUUUUUGCAUUGAUUCUUGGCUUCAACAGAAACAAAACUGUCCAAGUUGUCGUCGUUCUGUUUGAUUUUAUUAACAAAGUAAAUACCAGAGAUUAGAUCUUGUAACUUUUAUUACUCAUUGAAGAAGACUAUCAAUAGUUUACAUUAAAACGUUCUAGUCGAAGGUUGAAAAGAUAAAUUCAAGUUAACUUUGAAGCUAUUUUUUUUUUUAUAUUAGGGCAAGAAACAAAGAAACUGCAUGGACUAUAGGACUCUUUAGUGAUUUCUUCUUCUCAACAGAUAUCUAAGUGACGGCCGUGCCACCUCAACAAGCGAUGUUUAUGCCUUUGGUGUUGUUCUUUAAUUUUGAGAUUGUUUGUGGAAGAGAAGUUGUUAUAAGAACAGAGACAGUGGGAACAAAGAAUCCAGAAAGACGUCCAUUGGCGUCUAUUGUAAGUUCUUGGAGUUUACACAAUACUGAACCUUUACACUUCUUUGAUGCAACAUUUAUUUCUAAAUCAUUGUUUGUUGUUGUUGUAGAUGUUAGCGCUAAGGAACUCACCAGACUCUAUGAACAUGUGUUUGAAGGAGUUUAUCGAUCCCAACAUGAUGGAUUUAUACCCGCAUGACUGUUUGUUCAAGGUGAUACUAAGAAAUGAAAUGCUUAGUAGUUUGAACAAUGUAGUAACCAUAUG